AUGGAUCGCAGGGUCGGAGAAAUCCAGGAGUAUGUGGGCCGCAGUGACAAAGAGAACUAUGUCGCAUCAAUCGGGACAGUCUACGGCCCCACAGCCACAGGGACCGUUCCGUUUCUCAUCUUCAACGAAGCAGCACUGCCUUCGGAGAAAUCCCAGAUUCUGAAGCGCUGGGCCGUGCACUUCAGAAGUGUCCUCAACUGCCCAUUGACGAUCUCCGAUACCGUCAUCGACCGACUUCUUCAAGUUGAAGCGAACGACGAUCUGGACCUCCCGCAAUCCCUUCCAGAAACCAUCAGAUUCGUGAAAAAACUCUCCAGCAGAAAAGCACUGGGACCGGAUGCAAGCUCCCGGUUGAUGGACAAGUUUACAGCAAUGUCCCAGGAGACGCGGCACUAUGACGGUUUCUACGGGAUUUCAACCUCUACAAGCGGAAAGGGAACCGCCAAGAAUGCGACAAUGUCGAAUUCUCCUCAACCGCCUUAA